GUCGUACGGUGCUGACGGUUGGAUCUCGGUUGGCGUACGGCGAGGUUGUGGACGAGUGCCAGGUGAUGGUGCUGUUGCAUGAGGAGGUGACACCGCCAGGCUUCCGCCCAACUGAGGCGGUCAUGGCAACGGACCUUUCGGGCUGCCCUCUGCUCUGCGUCCUCUCCGCGCCCCAAGCUCGUCUGCUUGCCUUCUCCAUCACAGCUGCUCCGGGGCCGCCUGCCGGUUCCGGAGCGGGUGGUAACGGCGGUGGCGGCGUGCAUGGAUCGCACGCCACACCCGCGCCAUCUGGAGGUGGCGGCGGCGGAGCCGCCGCUGCAUCCGCCGCUGCCGCCGCCGCCGGGGGUGUACGAGUGACGCUGGCGGGGUCGUUAGAGGCACUGGCGGUGGCGGCGGUGGCAGCGACUGGGCUGCCGGUGGUUGGGGAGUCGGCUAGCGGCGCCGGUGGCAGCAGCAGCAACGGUGGUAGUGGUUGUCGUACGAUUGGCGGAGGUGAUGUGCACCGGGACUUGCUGGUUCUGCAGCCGUCGGGACAGCUGGUGCUGCAUAGAGGCUUAUCGCCGCUAUUUGCAAUCUCGCUGGGUUCAGCCGCGACUGCGACCUCGGCUGCUACACGCGAGGGCGGUGCAGCAGCAGCUGCCGUACCUUCGGGUGCCGCCACCGCCGCAGCAAGAGACGGUCGCGGCGCGCGAGCAGCUUCCCCCACAUUUCAGCAGCCGCAGCCACACCUCGGUGGCGGCGACGGCGGCGUACAUGAAGGAAUCUUUGGCGGCGGCGCGGUGUCGACUCCUGCCUCUCAGGCUGGAACCGACAUGAUGCUGGAUGAGGAUUCCGAUAUGGAACAAGACCAGGAGGCGGACAGCAGCGAUGAGGAGGAGGAGGGCGGCGCUGGUAGAGGGGGGCGCAGCCGGCUGCCACCGCCGCCGCCGUCACGGCGUGACAACCUGCCGCACAUGCGCGUUCCCUCGGGCGGCAGCGGGGCUGG